UUAGUUUCAAAUCUAGCAACCGCUGCAAAUGUACGCAAAGGAAUCCACGGAAUAAAACCCAGCAAAUUUUCUGUCUAGUCGAAAAACGAACAAAAAAAGAGAUCGACGAGCAAUAUAGUCAAGUGAACGCUUGCAAAAUGUUGCGACAAUCAAAACGAUUUACAAAAAUGUGGAACUUGCGUCACAUAGUUCAACGGUGUGCAGGUUUUCCAUCGAACGGUCUUUUCAUACCGCAAAAUGGUCAGCUGCAGCCGAAUAUACAGAAUCCACCAAUUCAUCAAAGUGGUCCAGUACCGGCUCCAUUAAAUUUCAAAUUCACGCCCGGAUCGAAGUACGAAGGAUUUUUGUGCAUUGAUGUUCAACCGAUCCAUGAAUUCAGUAUGACGGCGUAUGUCUUCAAACAUGAAAAGCUCGGCUCGAAGUACCUUCAUCUGGACAGGGAUGACACGAAUAACGUUUUUUCCAUCAAUUUCCGUACGACGCCACCCGAUUCAACCGGAAUGUUUCACAUACUGGAACACAAUGUGCUCAGCGGUUCGGAACGAUUCCCGCUACGUGAUCCGUUCCACAAAAUGUCCGACCGAAGUGUGGCCACAUUUAUGAACGCAUUGACGGGGCCAGACUACACAAGUUAUCCGUUUGCGAGUAUGAACGAGAAGGACUUCAGAAACCUGCAAAGAGUCUAUUUGGAUUCGGUGUUCAAGCCGAAGCUUGAGUAUCUGGACUUUUUGCAAGAGGGUUGGCGUUUGGAGCACAAAGAUCUGAAAGACCAGGACGCCGGAUUCGUGAUCAAAGGCAUCGUGUACAACGAAAUGAAAGGAGCCUUCUCGGAAACGACCAAAUUAUUCUCCAGUAAAUUCUUGAAUGCAAUCAUGCCGGACACCACAUACCAGUACUGUUCUGGCGGUGACCCAUUAGUAAUUCCAAAUUUAAGUCAUGCCGACUUGGUGGAGUUUCACAGAAAGUACUAUCAUCCAAGCAAUGCACGGUUCUACAGUUAUGGAAAUUUCCCGUUACUUCCCACACUGAAAUACCUGAACGAUGAGUAUCUAAGCAAAUACGAUCCGAUUGAAACGACGUUCAGUGAAGUAACGUCCCAAAAGCGAUGGAACGAGCCACUGUCACUGACCAUACAAGGUAGAUUCGACGAAAUGGGAGCGCCGAUCGAAAAACAAAAUAAAAUCGCCGUGGGAUACUUGACCAACGAUGUGACCGACGUCAAAGAAACGAUGUUGCUGCAUGUCCUUACCGAACUGUUGUACCAAGGACCCAACUCGAAAUUUUACUCCAACAUCAUCGAACCGAACAUAUCUGGCGGUUAUUUGCCCUCGAACGGAUACGUCGCGUCGACGAAGGAUACAAUGUUUGUCAUUGGAUUUCAGGAUGUUGAUAAGGCGGACUUGUUGAAGAUUGAGAAAUUGAUGCACAAAACCAUAGACGAUGUGAUUGACGAGGGAUUCGAUCCGGACCACGUUAACAGUGUCCUGAACAGCUACGAGUUGAGUUUAAAGCAUCAAUCGGCCAAAUUCGGCUUGAAUUUGUUGUUCAUACUAACGGCUGCUCUGAACCACGACGCAGACGUGCUCAAAUAUCUACAGUUCGAACAGUUUUUGCGAGAGAUUCGGAACAACAUUGCCAAGGAUCCGAAGUAUUUGCAGAAAAAGGUGAAAGAGCAUUUCAAGGACAACAAUCAUCGAUUGACAAUGACAAUGUCGCCGGAUGUCGAAUACGAAAAGAAGUUCGACGAAGAGGAAGAGAAAGUUAUCGCUCAGAAAGUCGAAUCUCUAUCGGAAGAAGAGAAGCAGAAAGUAGCCAGCAAUUGUCAAAAGUUAGCCGAGGCACAGAAGAAGAAAGGCAAUGCAAACGUACUGCCAUCAUUGUCGUUGCAUGAUGUGAAAUACCCACCACCGCCGUUCAAAAUCGAAUUCUUCAAUGUGGGCGGCAUUCCAACGCAAGUGGUGACGACCAAUACGAACCAAGUUACGUACUUCCAUGGGAUGUACAAUGUUAUCGACAUUCUUCCCGAACACAAGCCGUUACUUCCACUCCUCGCAAACGUGAUCAAUCAAAUGGGUACUCUGACGCAUGACUACCGUACUUUUGACAAGUACGUCAAUUCGAUCACGUCUGGCAUAGGCUUCAACGUUCAUUCAUCGGAGAGCAUUUACGAUGUGAUGGCCUACAAUGUUGGCCUAAUGUUUGGCUCUUAUUGUUUGGACAAAAAUGUCCCGCUGAUGUUCGAGGUCGUUCACGAUCUGCUAACAAAAUUCAAUUUCGAUGACCACAAGCGCUUCGAGAUGCUUCUUGCAAAUUAUAUGUCCCAUUUAUCCAAUGGUGUUGCGGAAAAUGGUCACAGCUACGCAAUCAAAGGGGCGUCCGGUCUGGUUAGCCAUUCCUCAAACUUGUCCGCAAAUCUUUCGGGAAUCGAGCACAUUACGUUCAUGAAGAAUUUGGUGAAGACGGCCAGCCCGUAUGAAAUACUGUACCAGUUGGACGCCAUUGCCGAUCAUAUUUUCAGUAACUGUAACUUGAAGUGUGCGAUCAAUACAUCAGCUGCCACAUUCGUACCUUGCAUGGACAAUCUAACGAGAUUUAUUCGGAACACCACAAAUCCCGAACAAAUCUACUUUCCGUCGAUGAUGCCAUCGGCUAUAUUGCCACCGUUGAACGUUCACAAGGUGAUGUCGAUUCCAGUGAACUAUUGCGCCAAAUCAUUUUUAACGGUGCCGUACAUGCAUGCGGACAGUGCUGCUCUCCAGGUACUCGGAAAAGUUUUGUCGUCAAAGUAUCUGCUGAAAAUGGUGCGUGAAAAGAAUGGUGCAUAUGGGAGCGGUAUUAGAGUCGGAAAAGAUGGAAUGUUCAGUUUCUUCAGCUAUCGCGAUCCGAACACCAUCAAAACUUUGGAGAUCUUCGAUCAGUCGGGCAAAUGGAUUACCGAAAACUUUAAAUCCAUCUGCGAUCAAACGGUGUUCGAAGCCAAGUUGGGAGUAAUCAAAGGAAUUGAUGCUCCAGUUGCGGCUGGAUCGAAGGGUCAAGAUAUGUUCAUAUUUGGCUUAAGUCAGGAAUUGCGUAACGAACAUCGGCAACGAGUUCUAAAUGUUGGACACGAAGACUUGAUACGGGUUACAGAAUUGUAUUUGAAGCGACCUGAUCAGCCGACAGGACGUUACGUUCUUGGACCGCAAAAUGAAGAAUUGAAAGCAGCUGGAUUCGUUGUCAGCCAGUGAGUGGAAAUUGUGAAUGUUUUUGUUAAAAAAUGAAAAAUAAAAAAAAAUUCAAUGAA